GCGGGCGGCAGCGCGAUCACUCCAAGGCCCGACCGCGGCGCGACUCGACGCGCGUGCCCUCUCACUCUACGCGGGAAACGAUGCAAACUUCGAGUGAUCACCGAUCUCGGAUCCCAUCUGUUUUGUGCCAGUGUCAACAAUAUGAGUGCUCAGUGAAUAUUGUUCAGUGAAAUGUACUUUUAAAGGAUUUUUCAAAAUGGGGACUAUCAAAAAAAGGAAUCACUCCCAAGCGACGGAAAAGCCGAAAGGAAAACUUAGGCGCCUACGAGACAAUGGAGGCAAACGCGCGAGAGUGGCGAGGGAGGAGGCACGGGACCAGACGGUUACAGGGAAACUAUUCAAAGGCCCGUGCUUGCCCCAGUCUUGCCUCGGAGGCGUCGAGGAGGUGGCCUGUGUGCCUCUGAAUAACAACACGACGCACUACUGCCUGUGCACCUCAAACGGUCUGCCGCCCACUAGUGACUUCAAAUGCCCUAGGAGCACAGUGCCCGUGACGCCGGUGCCGAUCCACAACAUCAUCCCACCGACCACGUCAAACACCUCCGCGGAAAGUCGCUCGGCGUCGCCGGCCUCCGACGAGAUUUCCAAGUCUCUCGUGAGUCGGGACGUGUUUCCCGACUCUACCAGCAGCGACCUCCCAGCCGCCGGAGUCAAUGGAGCUGGAGUACUUCUCGGCACUGCCGUCAUUGGCGCCGUAGUCUUCAUCCUGCUCGUUAUCUCCGUCAUUAUCUUCUACGUCAGAAGACGAAUGCGAAGAGUCGACGGCAAAGCGCAACCGCGACGACCUGGAGAGCCGUUGCUAGCUGAACGGUAUAUAACGAACCCUCAGUACGGCGUGUAUGGAGCCGGCGCGGGCGCAGCGCUAGCCGCCGGCGCAGAGGAGACCGGGGAACAGGUGCCGCAUAUUGACCGGAACGCACUCACGUUCCUUGAGGAGGUCGGGGAAGGGUGCUUUGGGAAAGUUCAUAAAGGAUUACUUCGAGCCACUAGCGGAGAGCACAUAGUGGCCAUCAAGGUGUUGAAGGAAAGCGUGGGACGGAGUGCCGAGGAGGACUUUGUGAGGGAGGUGUCAAUCAUGUCCGCUUUCCGGCACCCCAACAUCCUCACACUUAUAGGAGUGGUGCAUAGAGAUGACAUCGGUGCCAGUCCUUGGAUGGUGUUCGAAUACAUGAAAUGGGGAGACCUCGCGGGAGUACUGCGUGGCUCGAAAGGAGGAGGCCGCCCUGGGCCUCACUUAGACGACCCAGCACUUCUCCACGUAGCCCUGCAAGUCGCCCGAGGAAUGCAAUACCUCGCAUCCCGCCACUUCGUACAUAGAGACCUCGCGGCCCGAAAUUGCUUAGUCGGCGACAAUUUGACGGUUAAAAUUGCAGACUUCGGCAUGUCCCGAGACGUGUACACUUGUGACUACUAUAAAAUGGGAGGAGAACGCCCCAUGCCUGUGCGCUGGAUGUCUCCCGAAAGCAUAGUAUACGCCCGCUUCACUCACGAGUCUGACGUAUGGUCUUACGGUGUAGUGCUAUGGGAAAUUUAUAGCCGCGGAAAACAACCGUUCUACGGCUACAAUAACGAUGGAGCAACGAAACGAAUUCUUCAAGGUAUAGUUUUGGUACCUCCAGAAGAUUGUCCGCGAUUCGCGGGCGAACUGAUGCGCGCCUGUUGGAAGACUGAUCCACGGGAUCGGAUAGGAUUUGAUGAAAUAUGUAGGAAAUUAGAAGUAGCAGCAGCGACAGGUGGGGCGCCGGUGCAGAUGCGACUGCCCUGCCCGCCCCCACCCUCGCAAGAUUCUGCCGGUUACCUGAUUCCAAAUCAGCAGCCAACUGUCGAUUACAUUCGUCCUUUGCCUGAGCCUGAACAUGACCUCACUGAGUCUGAAUCUAGCGAAGAAGAAGAGGAGGAGGAAUACACUUGACGGGCAGCGCUCGCGCCUUCGUCUCAGUAUGUGCCGCGCUCCUCGCCCUAGGCCGCAGCCGUCACCUUCGCAUUCCAGGUUCUGCCAUGGAAAUUAAAGGAAAUCAUUCCUAAAGUUUGGAAUGUAUCGGGCAGUAGGUACUUGAAGGUGAUGAUACUCAUUAUCUAAGUGUGAUAUUUUUAAUUUAGAGAACUAAAUUACUGGGCCUAAAUUAAGUUCAGGAGAAAGCUCCAAACAUGUCUCGUACUUCAAGUGACGCGACAUGGUAAAUAAGUUGUUUAUGUGCCAUAUACCAAAAAAUAACAAUGUACCUACCUGCCUACCCAAUAGAAAGUUAAGGAAUGUAAAUGAUUAGUUUAAUAUUAUUUUGCUUGUAUAUCAUCACUAAAUCAUGACUGAAUAUUGUAAAUACAAUUUUGUUAAACUAUUUUUUUUUAAAGAUGGAGUUAUAUUAGUUUUCAAUAUGAUGCAUUAAACAUUUCAUUUCAUCGCACCAGCACACGAAUUAAAUAAAGUUGUAGGUCAGAUGUAAUAACUAAGUUAAUAUUAAAAUUAAAGAUAUGGUAAAAUGUUAAAAAUAAGUAAGUGUUUCCAUAUUAAAAUCAACAUUUACCUAUCCCUCUAUGUUAAAGUGUGCCAUUUCAAUCCUCCGAAAUUAAUGUAAUAAGUUUAUGCAUAACACAAAAAUCUUGAUUUAAAGAUUUUGUUUAUGUCUAAUGAAGUCAUAAUAAGAAUUGUAAAUAGUUAUUGUAGUUUUGUUGUUAAUUUAAUAUUUCUGUAAGUAGGUAAACUUAUUUUAUUAAUCUAUUCGUUGGAUGCAAAACGAAUUCUCUUAUAAAUGAAUUAUUAAAAUAAUGUAAUCAAUCAUGAUGUUUUAUGUAGGUAGGCGUCUCUUAAAUAAUUCCACUUGGAUUACUGUAAAUAACUAGGACACUGAAUAUUAUAGUCGUUUUUACUGUGACAUUUUGAUCAAACAACACCGAAAUUUUGUGUAAAA